GGAAUCCGCCGGUCGCCUCAGUCCCCUGAGAAGGUUCUGCUCUUUGUGCCUGGCUGUUUUUGUUUUUUGUUUUGGUCGUUGACGUUGCCGCGUCGCUUCCAGCAAUCCGCACAGUUCGCAUCGAGACGCCGAGCAGAGCGGCAGGCACAGGCACAGGCACUCCGCUCCAGUUGCAGUUGCAGAUAGAGAUACAGAUACGUUCACAGACACAGGCACAGCGGGUCGAGACCAGACUUGCAGGCUUACGGUACGGUAGCUGCUUGACCACCCAGGAAGAAGAUGCCGUUCCCCAUCCAUCCGCCCAAGCAGAUGCCCUGCCCCCACUGGCAGCACUUCCCCAUCAGCCCCGUGGACAGCAAGCCCAAUCCCUUCGACUCCGUGGGCGGAGCGGCGGCGGCGGCGGCGGCGGCGGCGGCGGCCACCCAGGUCGGCAUGGGGGUCAGCAAGCCCCCGGAGCCGGUCUCCUACCGCUACUGCCUGCAGUGCAAGGCCUCCGGCAAGGAGUCGUCGGGCCCCGGCGACAGAGAGUAGUCCAGCCCAGGUCUUUGGAGGUGACCGUUCGACCCAGCCCGCCAGCCACCACCUGCAAUCAGCCACUUCAGCGGAGGACGCACACUUGGAGAGCACAGUCGGCGGAGGCGCAGAACAGAGAUACACCCCAGUCAUUACUUCAAAAUCACAGAUACAAGGAACAAGCUACAUCGGAGCCAACCCAUCCUUUGUUAUACCGAAAUGUAUCUGGUCCCCGAACUCAUAUUGUAUCUUCAAGUGCGUCCAGUCAGGCAGAUAUUAUGUUCUGUGCUUUGCUAUUCAACCUAUAAAUACUGGCCCACUAGAUGCAGGUCCCCACAACCUGUACUUUCAAUUCGCAGUAGAAACGAACCUCGAGCCAUCGAUCCGAAAGUCGGGUCCGGAGGCAGGCCCCCUCCCCUGUGUUAUUAUUUAACCUAACCUAAGCACACGUUCCACUUAUUUCUGCUGUCUUUUGCUACAACUAAGCUAGGCCUUUUGUACGUAUUUUAUUUGUAUUUAGAGCUAAAGACUAAAGUUUAUGAAUUUUUGAUAUACUUGUAUAAGCGCGCGCCAGCAAACGCACGACGCAUUUAAAAAACGAGUUCUACACAAAUACAGCAGCACUCCCCACGUACGCAUGCCA